AUGUUUAACUUCACCUUCAGAAUAUCUUGUGUGGCUGUGGCACUGGGGAGUGGGUCAUUCGCUGCCACCAAACGUGGGCUGGCAUUUGCUGAUUCCGACAAUACUGGCGAUAUUGCUGUCGCUGAUGACACCCAGGUCUCUUGGGUAUAUGAUUGGGGCAGUACUGCACCAAGCUAUCUGAAAAACACAGAUAUGACCUACAUCCCCAUGCAAUGGGGUGAAGACGAUGUCGAUAAUUUUAUGGCUGAAGUGCUGGCUCAAAAUGCGAAGACCAUCUUAGGUUUCAACGAACCUGACCUUAGUUCACAGUCGAAUAUUGCACCUAUGACUGCCGCGUCAUUAUGGAUGCAGUACAUCCAACCUCUGAGGGCACAUGACGUCCGACUCGGUAGCCCCGCUGUGUCCAACGCUCUAUCAGGAAUUCCUUGGUUAUCUCAAUUCUUUGGAAACUGCACUAAAUGCACGUUCGAUUUCAUACCUAUUCACUGGUACGGUGAUGGCCUCGACAAUUUCAAAGAUUAUGUCGAGUCGUUCCAUGGCAAAUUCUCAUCGCCAAUGUGGGUCACGGAGUUUGCAUCUACUUCUUCGAAUGUUAAAGAGGUGGAAGACUUCUGCACUGAUGCAAUAGCUUAUCUUGAUGGCCAGGAUUGGAUUGAAGGGUAUGCCUGGUUUGCACUCUACCGCCAGGAGUCAGGUUCCUACUACAACCUUCUUGAUAUCAAUGGCUGGCCUAACACACUGGGGGAUAUUUACCUUCAUGGCACCAAUUAA